GCGAGCAGCAGCAGUGUGUGUGUGUUGAGCUUCACGCCAUGAUGGAGUCCGGCGCGCGGUCAGCGCGGGGCGGCUUUACAGCGGCUGCGCUGUGAGAUCCCGGUCUAAACUCAGGAGCGGUUCUGAUGAGCGGAAGCGGAUGAUCUGUGAAAGGAUGGAGGACGGAGAGCAGCUCGUGCGCCGCGGAGACGCCACUAUCGCUCGAGCGAGUCACGAGCACACGGAGCUGCGCGCGGAACCGGCGGCGCGUGACGAAGCAGGAGAAGCCGGAGCGCGAGACACAGCCACGGUCGAGCGGAGACAGUCACGCAGCUGCCACGACGCUGUUAGACAGAGAGGCACUGAGGUCAGCAACUUGACAAACCUCAGCACCCAUGAUACAACACUGGAUAAAGUGCUGCUGCGCGAGGAGGUGCUGGCUCUGCAGGAGGAGGUAGCGGAGCUGAAGCGGAUGAAGGAGAUGCUGAAUAAGGAGCUGGACGAGUGUGGGGGUGGCUGCUCUGCAGAGCUGCUCUCUGCCGCUGAACUUCGAGUGCAGCUCUCUCACCGAGAGCGAGACCUGGACCGCGCUACUGAAGCACUGCAGGCAAUGAAGGCGGACCGUAAACGUUUGAAGAUGGAGAAAGCCGAGCUGGUGAAUCAGAUGCAGCAGCUCUAUGCUACGCUGGAGAGCCGGGAAGAGCAGCUCCGAGACUUCAUCCGCAAUUACGAGCAGCACCGCAAAGAGAGUGAGGAUGCAGUAAAGGUGUUGGCUAAAGAGAAGGACCUGCUGGAGAGGGAGAAGUGGGAUCUGCGGCGUCAGACUAAAGAAGCCACAGAGCUCGCGGUUGCACUGCGAUCCGCACAGGAGCUGAAAGAGAACAGAAUCAAAGAGCUGGAGGCAGAACUGGCCAUGAUGAGUAACUAUGUGGCCCAGAAACUCGAGUGUCAGCUGUUUGUUCGAGCUCCCGAAAAGCCAGUCUCCCCCAGAAACAUGUCGGCUAAGCAGUCUUUGGCAACACUCACUAAGGAUGUUCCUAAGCGCCACUCUCUGGCCAUGCCCACAGAGGCUGUCGUCAAUGGCAACCAGGAGUGGGUGAUGCAUGCAGAGAUGCCUCUUACUGCAGCCAUCCGUCAGAGUCAACACAGCCUUUACCACACACUCGACAGACAUGCGUUAAAGGCUGUGCCCCAGUGUAUGUGUGAUGUUGAUGGUGUGUGUGUGGCGCACGCUUCAGGCAGCCUCCGCCUCAGUCCCUGUCACUCACGGCAACCAUCAAUGAUGUCAGACGCCUCUGCGCUGGAGGGAGAGCGAUCAUCCACGCCGUCUGAGCUCAACUCACCACGACACAGAACACACUCACUCUGCAACUCUUUAGAAGAUCUGGAGGACCAGAAGAGGAGGAAGAAGAAGGAGAAGAUGGGCCUGAGCUCUCUGUCGCGUGUGUUCGCCCGAGGAAAACAGAGGAAGUCUCUCGACCCUGGCCUUUUCGACGACUCGGACAGCCUGUCCAGCCCGGGCCGUCUGAGUGCGAGCCUGUCGGACACCGAGGAGCAGCUUGAUAAACUGCAGCAGGUGGAGCUGGCGAGGACAGUGCCCAUGUCCCGGUGGCGAGCUGGCACUGUUCAGGCCUGGCUUGAGGUCAUCAUGGCCAUGCCCAUGUACAUCCGUGCCUGUGCAGACAACGUCAAGAGUGGCAAGGUGAUGUUAGCCUUAACUGACACAGAUCUGGAAGCUGGUUUGGGAAUCAGCAACUCUAUGCAUCGCAGAAAACUGCGCCUGGCCAUAGAAGAUUACAGACAAGCUGAGUCGGGACAUGGAUUAUCGAAUGCUGCAGACCUUGACCACCACUGGGUGGCGCAGGCAUGGCUAAAUGAUGUAGGCCUGCCACAGUAUUCUCAGUUCUUCCACACACACUUAGUCGAUGGACGCCUGCUGAGCACCCUUACACGAGCCGACCUGGAAAAGCACCUGCAUGUGUCCAAAAAAGCCCACCAGAGCAGCCUGCUGCUAGGAAUCCAGCUCCUACACAUACUUAACUUUAACAAAGAGCUGCUGCAAACAAGGCGAGCAGACUGUGAAAACCAGAACUCGGACCCUCUGGUCUGGUCCUGCCAUCGCAUUAUUAAAUGGCUCAGGAACAUCGACCUGAAGGAGUUUGCUGGCAAUCUUCAAAACAGCGGUAUUCAUGGUGCUGUCAUGGUGCUUGAUCCUUCCUUUAACACAGACUCCAUGGCAACAGCAUUAGGUAUCUCUGCAAGCAAGCACAUGGUCCGUCAACACCUGAGUGAAGAAAUGAAUGCCCUCCUUGCUCCUGCAAGACUGGAUGUUGAACAGGAAAUUGAGGCCAUGGGAACUCCACCCGCUAUGUCCCGUCAGAGCUCUCUGAGACACUCGACGAUAAGCCACCCUGAUACCCAGCACUCCUUCAGACAACUCAAAGUCAGGCCUGAGGUAAGCUUCAAUCUGAAGAGCCAUGCUGGAGUGAACAUCACGUCUCUAAAUGCUAGCUGUUGUGAAGAUGCCACACCCCAGCCAGAAAACAGUCCAGCCAGAAACCUCUCUGCUGCUGACCUCACUAAUGUCUAAUCCUAACUCUAUCAUCCCGAGACAUGGUCCAAAGCCAUAAUGAUCCUGAUCUCAAGGGUUUAAGCUGUAAUCAAAUGUUGUUGAUGGAAAAGACAGUUAUAUGAAUUGAUUUGUCAGUCAAUCGUGACGUUUUUAUGAUAGUUAUUAAAUGUAUGUUUUGUAUUGCCAACACUGGUGCUAAGGAAAGAUUUGGACUUGGAGUUCUGGCACAAAUGCUGCACCUGAUUUAACUUCAGAUACCAUAAUACAUACCAUCUAUAUAAUAAGCAGCAAAUUUGUUUGUCUUGAGCUAACGUCGCCAUUUCUUGACGGAUUUUCACCAAAUUUGGCAAGUAGGUCCGGGGAUGACCCGGAAUUUUGCAGAUAUAAACAAAAUUCAUGUACAGGUCCCAGGGAGGUCCCGGGGGGGGCACAACAUCCACCCACCCCCUCCCUCAAUGCCUUUCACGUUACAUUUAUCAACACAAACUCUCGACAGAUCUUCACUAAACUUGGCAUGAAGGUACAGGAGAUGGCCACAAUUUGGCAGAACUCAGAAAUUCCAUAUUUGGGCCCCAGGGGGUCCCUCGUGGUGGGCCCCUGGGUGGUGGAUGUUUGGAUUUUUUUGUUUGUCUUGGGUUAUCAUCACCAUUUCUCGACGGAUCUUCACCAAAUUUGACAUGGAAGUCUGGGGGCAACCCAGAAUUUUGCAAAACCUGAGCAAUGCCAGGUAACCUGCUUAGUAACACAUAAUGGACAUCUGGGGUCUUUUUUUAAAUGAACCAUAUAACGAAAGUCACUAAUAUUUCUGCAAAUCCUGCAAGGAAAGCUUUUGUUUUUUCAAAUUCAUAAAAAUCACAUCAACAAAUAUGGAGCUUUGUAAAUAGCAUGAAAGAAUUGUAAAUUGUACAAUGUGUCUAAUGUUAUGGACAUACAGUACAAUUGAUUGUGCCUUAACCUUGCCUAUAUGCUCUGUUAAUUUAUUGUCCAUUGAAAAUACUGCACAGGAAAUUGGGUCUGUGUGAGUCACCUAGAUCUGUAGACACAGGCUAAGCCUAGUCUUAGACUUGGAAGACUAUUAAAUGUGAGACCCUGUAGAAAAUAUAAAUUAGUCCAGGCCUGGACAUAACCUGUGAAUUAAAAACCAAGGAAAUGUGUCAGAAAGAAAUUGGAGACUGCAUUGUUCUGUAUAGAUGUGUCUCACCUGCAAUGCCUAGGAUAAUCUACUAACAACAUUGAAGCUAAACUUGGGACAAACAUGUCAUUAUCUCAAACAUCAUGACUAAUAAAUGAAUUCUCUCAAA